AUGGUUCGCAGUGUUGACAACUCAACAAUUUUCCCCGUUGCUGUUCAGAAUCACAUUUUGGCCACACUCAAUGGGCUUCGAGCGAGAGUGGCAAGAGGAGUGGAACCGUGGGCAAGAAAACCGAAAGGCACCUUUUAUCCAAAAGCGGCCAGAAUGUACAAGCUGGUACCAAUCAGUACCGACUGCUGCACUGGCGAGCUUUUCAUCGGCACCAUUCGUGGGACUACUCAGAACCAUAAAAAAAGUGCUCAACAAUACUUUGACGAUACAUGGACGAAAAACUGGUACGGAAGGAUGAAACUGGAAGGUGUUAUUGGUGGUUUGAUCUAUCAACGUUAUCCGCACGAAAUUCACGGAUAUUUCUCUGAAUGGACCAGUGCCGACGCGAGGAAUCACAUUCAACAGAUCAUUUCGGGCGACACACAGAAAAUCGGCUGCGCCUACAGAAAUAUGACCGACUUGCAAACCUAUGCGAUCCUUUGUCGGCUCUUGCAAAAGGGAGUAUCUGCGGAGAUUCCAAUUUACGCAACUGGUGGUGCGAUUGGUUCAAAAUGUCCCUUAAAUGCUCCAGUCAAUCCAGCCAGUGGACUCUGCGUUCCAAAAGUGGCAGCUGGA